GUUCGCCUCCGCCCCGCGCCCCCACCCGGCUCUUCUGCGUGGACUCGCGGGCGGGACCGUGCCCGUGGUUUUGUCUGCGGCCCCCGGGCGGUGUUGGGGCGGGAGGCUUCACCUGAGGGAGCGGUAAUGGCGACUUGGGGGCCCAUUUUCUCCGAGGGCCUUUGUGUAGCGGGGGAAACUGAGGCACGGGGCUCUCUGGCUUGUGCCUGAGGUGUGGACACAGCAGUCCCCAGACCCGCCCUACGGGCUCCUGUGAUAACUAUUAAAAUCAAUUAAGGAAUCUGAACUAGCCCUACGUUACAUACCCUACCCCCUUUAUUUUUCCCCAUAGAGGGCCAUGAGUUUGUCUUGCCACAUGAAAGAUGACCUUUCGAUCAAAGAACGUCAUCUGUUCCUGUUCCCCUUACUUGGCUCACCCUGUUUUCAGCUCAUUUUCGUGCGGGGGUAACCCAGGUCCCCACCCCCUUCCACCCCGGGAGUGACUGGAAGAGCCCUUUCCUGUCCGUGGUUAUCACUGACCCCUCCGUGGGGCGCGCCCCGAGCGAAAAGGUACUUGGGUUGCCCAAGUCAGCAUUGCUUUUCCCUGAAACUUCUCUUACAUUAACGGAGAAUGCUUCUAAUGUAACAGCAAUAAAAUGAUUUAAAAACGAUAUUGUUGAUAAUCGGGCCAAAAAUUGCAUCCUUUGUAAAUGAUACUGGGCAAGGUAGGUGUGUGGGCCAUUGGAAAGAUUCUCCCUGGCUCUGGUUUGAUGCUUUAAAUGACUGCAUUUCUGCCAAAAGCUUUGCACCGACUGCGAGUGUUUUCUUACCUAUGGCGGGUCCAGGGGUCUGGUUUGCUGGGACCUGUUUGCCCAGGAUGGCUUUAAGGCCGGAGCCAUAGAGUCAAUACGCGAGUGUUCUCCAGCCACCUUCGUUCCUUUCCCGGAAGAACUGUUGUGUGGACAUCCUGAGGGCGGAAGAACACUUGUUUUUAAAAUUUGAAACUUGUAGCCUGUCGUUUGUUUCUGGAUGUGCAGAGCACGAUGGCGGCGUCCGAGGUCGCCGGUGUGGCCAGUGCCCCCAACCCCCCGGAGUCCUCUGGUCUGUGCGCUUCCAAAUCAGAAGAAGGCCUGCUAGAUGGUCUAAGCCCCAAAGACCCUGCACAGAAGCACAAGAACUCACCUCUGUCGAGUGUAAGUAGCCAAACGAUAACCAAGGAGAAUAACAGAAAUGUCCAUUUGGAACAACCAGAGCAGAAUCCUGGUUCGUCAGCAGGUGACACCUCAGCAGCGCACCAGGCGGUUUUAGGAGAAAACUUGAUAGCCACAGCCUUUGGUCUUUCUGGCGGUGGGUCUCAGUCUGAUUUGAAGGACGUGGCCAGCACAGCAGGAGAGGAGGGGGAUCCGUGCCUCCGGGAGAGCCUCCAUCCUGUCACUCGGUCUCUUAAGGCAGGGGGCCAUGCAAAGCAACUUGCCUCCGGGAAUUGUCCUGAAGAGAAGUCCCCACAAGCCUCCAUCCUAAAGGAAGGGAGCAGGGACACAGGCUUGGAUUUCCGACCUGUAGUACCUCCAGCAAAUGGGGUUGAAGGAGUCAGAGUGGAUCAGGAUGAUGAUCAGGAUAGCUCUUCCCUGAAGCUUUCUCAGAACAUUGCUGUACAGACUGACUUUAAGACGGCUGAUUCCGAAGUAAACACAGAUCAAGAUAUUGAAAAAAAUCUGGAGAUAUUAAAAGCUAUCCAGGAUGUAACGAUAAAGCGAGAAGAAACAAAGAAGAAGAUAGAGAAAGAAAAGAAAGAGUUUUUGCAGAAGGAGCAGGAUCUGAAAGCUGAAAUUGAGAAACUUUGUGAGAAGGGCAGAAGAGAGGUGUGGGAAAUGGAACUGGAUAGACUGAAGAAUCAGGAUGGUGAAAUAAAUCAGAACAUUAUGGAAGAGACAGAACGGGCCUGGAAGGCAGAGAUCUUAUCACUAGAGAGUCGGAAAGAAUUGCUGGUGUUGAAGCUAGAAGAAGCCGAAAAAGAGGCAGAGCUGCACCUUACUUACCUCAAGUCAACUCCCCCAACACUAGACACAGUUCGUUCCAAACAGGAGUGGGAGACAAGACUGAAUGGAGUUCGGAUGAUGAAAAAGAAUGUUCGGGACCAGUUUAAUAGUCACAUCCAGCUAGUGCGGAAUGGGGCCAAGCUGAGCAGCCUUCCUCAGAUCCCUACUCCCACUCUGCCUCCGCCCCCGUCCGAGACAGACUUCAUGCUUCAGGUGUUUCAGCCCAAUCCCUCUUUGGUUCCUCGGAUGCCCUUCUCCAUUGGGCAGGUCACAAUGCCCAUGGUUAUGCCCAGUGCAGAUCCCCGUUCCUUGUCUUUCCCAAUCCUGAACCCUGCCCUUUCCCAGCCCAACCAGCCUUCCCCACCCAUUCCUGGCUCCCAUGGGAGAAAUAGCCCUGGCUUGGGUUCCCUUGUUGGCUCCCAUGGUCCACACAUGCCCCCUGCCGCCUCCAUCCCGCCUCCCCCAGGCUUGGGCGGUGUUAAGGCUUCUACUGAAACUCCCCGGCCCCAACCAGUAGACAAACUAGAGAAGAUCCUGGAAAAACUGCUGGCUCGGUUCCCACAAUGCAAUAAGGCCCAGAUGACCAACAUUCUUCAGCAAAUCAAGACGGCACGUACCACCAUGGCAGGCCUGACCAUGGAGGAACUGAUCCAGCUGGUAGCUGCACGACUGGCAGAACAUGAGCGAGUGGCAGCAAGUACUCAGCCACUCGGUCGGAUCCGGGCCUUGUUCCCUGCUCCAUUAGCCCAAAUCAAUACCCCAAUGUUCUUGCCUUCUGCACAAGUUUCAUAUCCUGGAAGGUCUUCACAUGCUCCAGCCACCUGUAAGCUGUGUCUCAUGUGCCAGAAGCUGGUCCAGCCCAGCGAGCUGCAUCCAAUGGCAUGUACCCACGUGUUACAUAAGGAGUGCAUCAAAUUCUGGGCCCAGACCAACACAAAUGACACUUGUCCCUUUUGCCCAACUCUUAAGUGAUGGACCUGAUUGGGGAGGAAGAAGAGAAGCUGAUGUGAACAGGAAGCGCGGGUUCAAGAUUUCUAAAACUCUAUAUUUAUACAGUGACAUAUACUCAUGCCAUGUACAUUUUUAUUAUAUAGGAAAUGUGUGUAUAGAAAGUCUGUAUUCAAAUGUUCGUAAUGAAAGUAUGUAUAUUAUGCAAAAAUGGUCUGUCCCCCUCAGCUUGCAAUUCCUUUAGGGGGAUGCAGAUUGUAGCUAAGAUGAUAUUUAGUUUGGCCUUGAAAUUAUGAUAUUCCUGCCUAAGGCUGUUUUCAAAUACAAUAUAAAAACCAUUAGGAAGCUG